AUGAUGGAUUUUGAUGAGCGGGUACCCGUUGGGUCCAACAUGUAUUUGCCCGGCUGUACUUAUUACGUGUCUGGAACGGACUUUUCCAGCCUUCCUCCUUUUCUGCCCCAGACCCCGUCUUCUUGCCCCAUGACAUACUCAUACUCCACGUCCAGUUUGCCACAAGUUCAGAGCGUAAGAGAGGUAUCUUUCAGGGACUAUGCUAUUGACACGUCCAGUAAGUGGCACUCCAGGGGGAAUCUGCCACACUGCUACGCGACCGAAGACAUGGUGCACAGGGAGUGCCUGUCCAAUCCAGGGACUUUGGGAGACAUGCUAUCGAAAAAUAACUCGGUUCUCUACCACUCCAACUCGAGCCACACGUCCAACGUGUACGGCAGCGUGGGGAGGAACGGAGUGCUUCCUCAAGCCUUUGACCAGUUUUUCGAGACAGCAUACGGGAACGUGGAAAAUCAGCCGACUGAGCAUCCGGUGGACAGAGCAACCAGCAAGGCGCCUCCACCCGCAGAAUCGGGCAGCGACAGUUGUCGGGGAACAGAUGAGACCGAGCGGUGUGAAGAGACAAGCAGCCCGGAGCCAUCUUCCGGCAACAACGAAGAUAAAUUCAGCGGCAGCAGCAAUGGACAAAAGACACGGAAAAAAAGGUGCCCUUACACGAAAUAUCAGAUUAGAGAGCUGGAGAGAGAAUUUUUCUUCAGUGUUUACAUCAACAAAGAAAAAAGGCUACAGCUUUCCAGAAUGCUCAACCUCACUGACCGUCAGGUCAAAAUAUGGUUUCAAAACAGAAGGAUGAAAGAAAAAAAAAUGAAUAGAGACCGUCUGCAGUAUUAUACCACGAACCCUUUGCUUUAG